UGACCAUUCUUUUAUAAUCCAAAGUAGAUAGAUAAAGAUAUAGAGAGAGAAAGAGAUCAAUGGAGAUUCCACCAUCAUCUUCUUCAAAGACAGCCCUUCUUGACGCCCCACUUCACACAAUCGGCUUCGAGAUCGAAGAAUUAUCGCCGGAAAAGGUCACCGGACGAGUUCUGAUCACCGAAAAAUGUUGUCAGCCGUUCAAGGUUUUACACGGCGGUGUAUCUGCUUUGAUAGCUGAAUCUUUAGCGAGUAUAGGUGCCCAUAUGGCGUCUGGUCUUCAAAGAGUCGCCGGAGUAAGCCUUACUAUUAAUCAUCUUAAAAGGGCUGAUCUUGGUGACCUUGUUCUUGCCGAAGCUACUCCUCUUAAUGUUGGAAGAACCAUUCAGGUAUGGGAGGUUAGAUUGUAUAAAAUGAUUGAUCAGAAUUUGGAGAAGAAGAUAUUGAUUGCAUCUUCAAGAGUUACUCUUUUAGCUAAUAUGCCUGUACCUGAAAAUGCUAAACAAGCUGCAGAAAACAUCAAGAAAUAUGCUAAAUUGUGAAGCAAAUUGUUCAAUUCUUUGAAGUAAGUUAUUUUCAGUAAUCUGUAUUGAAAAUACUCAUUAACAUAAUCAUCAUUGUCAUUGUGCAAAUUGAAUGUUUAUUAUGAAAUACAAAAACUAUUGAAAGG